AUGAAAAUAUUGUGGCAUGAUUCGCACUCUACUCUCUUCCUCCAGGUCGUUUUGGAGUUCCCAAAAUUGGGCGAUGGACCCUGCCAUCUGCAUCAAGUGUUAUAG